AUGAGGCUCACGGACAUUUUACUCGCAUUGACUUUGGUGAUCACUAGCAGCAUGGCAGUAGUCCCACCUGGUAAAAAUGCUCAAACCCCUCAAUCAAGCCAGAGUCCUGAAUGUCAACCGGGACCAUCAAACGAAUGUCAGCCGAAAACCAAUAGUCCAAAAAGAAAAUACAUAAUUCUUAGACAAAUCAGGAUCAAAUAUAAAGAUCUAAAGAAAAAGGUGAAAGAUGCCAAGGAGAACAUGAAUAUAUGGUGCAGUGACUAUCGUAAACUCAAAAAUGAACUCAAGUCGCAUCAAACCAGUGGAAGAUCAGGUUUGGGGUCGGGAUUGGCCAAACUUGUGCCAAAAUCUGUUAAACAGAAACAUGGCAAAGCUCCAGAUGAAGUAACAGAUGUCGAACUUGAACUUUUAGACAGGUGUCUAGAAGCAAAGGGCAUAUACAAAGAAUUUUUACAAAUGCUUAAAGAGUUCAAGGAGACUCAUGGCACUGGAUUCACGGCAAAGGCAGCAGGAGUUUUCCGGCGUUUUAAAAAAUAG